AUGGCGGCAAUCGCGAAGCACCUCAAGGACGCCCAGCCCGAAGACCUCGUCCUCAUGCGCAUCAUCGAGGACAUGGCGAAAGCGUCUGCGCAGGUUUUCACGGGCCACGAGGACGAAGAGAGGAUACAGCAGCGUAUCAAGGGUUGCCAGGCACACGACGUCAACGACGAGGUGCAGGCAGCAUACGAGAAGGACUUGUUGAAGCGCCUUCAUGCGUACUUCUUCUUCCAUGAGACGCGUGCGAUCUUCAACUCUCACGGCCAUGUUGCCACCCAGCGCCCCAAAACCACGAAGCCAAAGACCCAAGCGACCGCACCACCGACCCAGGCUGCACCACCCGCGGAGGCCGCCCCUGCCAAUAUCCCGAGCAUCACCGUGACACCGGCGCCAGAUUUCGACCUUCAAAAAGAGGUGAUUCCAGUCGAAGACGACCAAGACGACGAUGAACCAACAAAUUUCUCGAACUCGACCAAUGCUCUCACCACCAUUCCCAAGAAGGGCAGCGAGGAUCGUCAGAAGCUGUGGUCCAACUUGGAAGUCAACGAGAACGUGCUGGAGAAAGUGGAGAUGCAGGGCAAGGAGGGACUCUUCUACAAGUCCCAGCCUAGCAUCAGCAAGCUGCCGUUCGAGGUCAGCUUCAAGAAGUCCUCCAUCCGCCCCGUCAUGAACAUCCUGUUCAACGGUGAGCAUAGCAUCAAAGAUGCCCGGGUGCUCAUCAACUGGGAGAUUUCGUGCCAGUACCUGACGCAGCCACCCAUGCCCGUCAUGGUGGCCGUCAAGUUCGCCAAGGACACACAGGAUGCCAAAGUCGAUGCUGAGCUCGCACCAGCUACCAUCGGCCAGAUCGCAAAGGCGGCCAUUCUUCUUCACGCAACACAGAAGAAGUAUUGGGUGGACGGAGCGAAGAGCUGGAAGUGGGAAGUCAUGAGCAUCGCAAAGAAGGACCUGAAGGGCGAAUUCAAGGAAGCAAUGGGCUUGAUGAAGUCGAACCCAGUCUUCCUGCGCGUUGGCCAAACGGUCUCCAGCUCAGAGACUGCAGUUCUGAACAGGAACUCCAAGGAUCCUGAAACGCAGGUCGCCGAGAAGAAGGCACUGGAGGGAGACGAGGGUCACGAGAAGGAAGGUAUUGGGGGAGAAAGUGUGAUCAAGAGGGUCGAGAACAACACGCAGGAGGAAUCCGAGCAAGGCUUUCGAGGAGGAAUCAGCAGGUUGGUCGGAGGGUUCGUGCGGAAGGUGCUAGGAUAG